AUUGUACUUAGUGGGCGGGACUUGGGACGCGUGAUACUUAGCUUGUCUGCUGCACGCCGCCUCUCUUGUCGCCGUUGCCAUUCACAUGCCCGUGACACUUCCUCGCUGCCGCCCUAUGCCCAUGCUUCCACUUUCGCCUAUAGGUGAGCUCGACUACGACCAGCGGGCGGGAAUCUGGGAAUUAGGCGUGCUGGGUAAACGUUGUUUAGCGCGCCCAGGGUGCGGAGCAUGGACGCAUGCAGGUGCAACGCGGGGUCAGGCCGAAUGGUCGCCCGUGGGGUUCCAGGCUUAUCGCGGGUAAGUAUGACUACCUGGGUCACGACAGUCACGCGACGCUCGGUAAAAUGGAACAGAUAUGCGGCCUUAAGGUGGUCACAGCGGCCACUGCCCUCAGCGUGCCGUUCAGCAGUGACCCCACACGGCUGCGGCUGGACUGGACAGCCCGCAUGCGAGAGGCCAGGCGCCGCCUGCGGCGUGUCGCCCACCUGCGACUCUCCGUCUUUGGCCGCGCCAGUGCAGCCUCAGCCUACUGCACCUCCAUGGUGACAUGGCACAUGGAACACAGCGGGUUGCCCGACGACAUAGCCCAGGAACUGGAGCGAUUGGUGGCGCGGGUGGUCGACCGCCGACUGGCCCCGGACUCGACCGAGAAGCGCCUUACGGGCAUCCCGACGGAGCUGCUUUAUGGCCACCCCACCACUGGCGGCUUCGGCGCACUGCCUAUCCGGCAGCACGUGCGUGGCCGGCAUGCGACAUGGGCCGCACGCCUGGCCGCCCAUGACGACAUCCCGGCCGCCCCGCAGCGCCAGCCGUGGUGUGUCGCCUAUGACGUCUACCUCCGCGCGCACCACCCAUCCCUGCGCCCCAGUAGCACGCUGACGGCAGUACCGGUGGCGGAGGGCGCCGGCGACAUCAUCCCCAGCCACCCGCUCCCCGAGGAUACCGAGCGCACGAUUUCAGCGCUGGGGUGGCUGCCGCCGGUGCAAGCACUGACUGAGGCACCGGAGCCUGGUGCAUGGUGCUUCACGGCGCCGCUGUGGGGCAACCCGCUCCUCACCCCGUCCCCCGCGGCGGCCAACGGCGAGCAGGAGGAGGAGGAUAGCGGCAGCGAUGGCGAAACAGCUGUGGAGCCCGUUCCGGCAGGAGUAGCGCGGCGCACGCGAGGGCGUGGUCUCGACUACCGCCAUAGGACGCUGCAAGCCUGCGCGCGUCUGGUGACCAUCGGUGACUUAGUGCGAGCCCACGCUGCACGACCACCUGCGGCGGCUGCAGUCGACUGGAAGGGCCUUGUCGGCGACAUCCCGCCAUCAUGGUGGAGUGCAGCGCAGGCUCACGCCGCACAGCUGGCGAGCCCCGGCCCAGCGCCUGUCCCGGCGCCGUCCACCAGUGAGGUCAUCCGCACCACCAUCAUGCCGCGCAUGGGCUGGAAGCUCUCUGGCUCUGAGACCCUCAAAGUCCCCCUAGCGAAGCUGUCCGUCCGCAUGGCCACAUCCAUGCAGCUGGACGAUGUGGCCACACGGCGGGCGGACCUACACGAGGAUUAUGAGUGCGCGGUACAGGGCCUGCCGCCGCGCGCUGUGGUGCGGCGGGAGGACCUGCCAGCAGCUGCGGCUGCAACGCUUGGCGCCAUUAGGGACACCCUGGCGCGCCUUUGGCAGGAGCACUACCUCUGGGAUUGCGCGGUGGCGAAGGCCGUGGUGGCGCAGAUCAACGCACACAACCCCGGUCCGGCUCCCAUCAGCCAAGCCCAGCUGUGGCUGGUCCAGGCGCCGCCGGGUUCUCAGCAGUGUGUUUGGGACGUGGUGGUGAUGGCGGCGCUGGCCGCCACAGAACAUGGCCGGGUGCGGCUGCGCGGGAUGACGCGCGCCGCAGCGGCCCUGGGAAUUCAGACGGCGGCGGCAGCAGCUCCCGAGGCUGCGGUGGCAGGUGCAGUGGAGGCGGAACCCGAUCUUGACGAGAUCCCGCCCACACAGCUGACGCCGCCGCAGCCAGGCGUCCACCCCGUCGAGCUUGCGCGCGCUGGCGCAGUCGCGGACUUCUGGUCGCGGCUGAUGCAGUUCGCGCAGCUCGGCGUGCCCCAAAAGGGCUGGGAUGGUAUUGACGCCACUCACCUCAUCCUGGCGGUGGUGAACGGCGAAAUGCUGUGCGCGUUGCCGCAAGCUAUGGAGCUGGAGGCUUGAAAGGGAUCAGCCCUUAGGAGAAGCGCGUGAGCACUAGGCUUAUCGCGGGUAAGUAUGACUACAGGCUUAUCGCGGGUAUCGCGGGUAUGACUCUGCUGGCCCCUACCUGCUGUGGGCUUGUGGCUACGAAUUUGAGCUUUUCGUGCCUUGUGCGGCGGCGUAUGUGAUGGCGGCGGCGCAGGGCCUGGCAGCUGCGGCGGCAGUGCAGGGCCCAGCGGCGGCGCAGGACCUGGCGGCAGCGGCGGCAGCGGCCCUGGGCCCAGCAGUGGCGGCGUGCAUGUGCGUAGCGGAGGGGGCGAACAAGUAAGGUCAUGUGGAAGAGGAGAGCGUGGCGCCGCCUGAGAAGCGGCGCCGGCGCGCAGGUUGAGACCUGUCUGUGGCUGGUCUGCGGUCUCUGCUGGCGAGCAUAGCGGGGCUAACUUCAUCACUUUUCCAUGGCCGACUACGAGUCCAUGUCCGCCUUGCCCAGGUCAUCACGUGUGCGGGGACUUCGUCGUGCCUUGUGCCUUCGUGAGCCCGGGUACCUCCAGCCACGUCC